AUGGACCCUAUGGCAGGAGCCUACCUAAGGAUGCUUGCACUUCUUUCUGUGCAGACCUGGAACACAGAAGUGGCCAGGGACACUGGAUAUGAAGGUCCUGCCCACGGGACCUGGGAGACCCAAGCAAGUAUAGCCACAGGACUCAGUGUUUUGGGGCAGAAGUCUCUCAAAGCUUCCUUCAAUUCUGUGUAUAAAGAAGGGUUCCUGAAACUGGGAUUGAUGCAUAAAGUAACCAUAUUGAGUGAUUUACCUAGACCAUCCAGCAUCGUGGAUAUUUUUUGGAGCGGAGGAUUAUUGAAAGAAUUUAACCAAGACAGGAAAAUGGGAGAAACAGAGGAUGAGGAAUUUGAAACACUAGAAGAUACAGGCCUGAGUCAAUUUGCAAUUUCUAUGUUUGGAGUUCUCUGGAAAUCCCUUGCACACCAGUUGCUGUUGGCAGUUUUGCUGAAAAUGACCUCACGAGAUCCAUCUGAACCAAGUGAUUUUCUGGAUCAGUUUCCUGAAGUCUCUGGUCCCAGUAGAAGAAGUCAUAGCAUCAGCUUCCAAGAAUUCCAGAAGAUUUCUGAUUUAAUUUUUGAAAACGACUCCAGAAGCAGAGACCCUCCUAUUCAAGGAGAGGAAAAUGAGGACUUUGUGACCAAGAAGGAGUCUGAGUCUCCACUCUUCUCUUUCUGUGAUGAAAAUCAAAUGACAAUAAAGGAGCCCCAAAGGUCAAAGACACUCAAUUCAGGCACUUUGGAAGAGCUGGUGGAUCACUUGGUGCCUGCCCAUCUGAUGGGGGAACCCAUUUUCAUCCCCACCUUUCUGUCCACCUACAGAAGGUUUAGCAACCCCCAGCAGGUACUGGACCUGCUUUUCAAAAGAGAUGCUGAAAUCCUUCCCUAUUCCAGUGAGAAUGUCAUCCCACAAGACCAGCUCAGAAAUGCCAUCUCCUCCAUCUUGGGCAUGUGGCUGGAUCUGUACUCAGAGGAUUUCUGCCAACCCCUGCAAAGUUCAUGCUUCAAGAACCUAAUGGCUUACCUACAAUCGUACAUGCCUGGUUCCGAUGUGGAAUGUCGUGCCACCUUUCUCCUGGCCCAGAUGGAGGCCCUGGAGUCCAACAAGGCUGAGACUCAAGAUCUUUCAUCAGGCCAAAAUCUUUAUGAAGACGUGAAGCCAACCCAAUCUUCAGCUGUGGUUCCCUGCCUAACAGGAGAAACAACAUCAUAUUCAUUGAGUGAGCCAGCUCCAUGUGUGGCUCUGGCGCCUGGCCCCAUUGGGGCCAAUGACUCUAGUUCUGAGUUGGAGCCCAAAUCGGAAUUUGGGCAAAUCCCAUUUUGGGUGCCAAGCCCAGCAGGAGAAUUGGCAUCAGCUUCAUGGCUGGAGCCAACUCCACCUGUGGCUCUAGUGUCCAGCUCAGCAGAAGAAUCUUCAGCUAGCUUAUUCCUAGAGCCUACUUCAUCUGAGGCUCUAGAGACCAGCUCAGCAGGAAAACCAUCAUUAGCUAGGUCAGACCUAGAGCCUAUGCCACUUGUGGCUUUGGUGCCCAUGGCAGCAGGAGAACCAUCAUCAGAUCCUUUAGACCUAGAGCCUACUCCAUCUGUGGCUCUUGAGCCCAGCUCAGCAGGAGAACCAACACCAUGUAUAGAUCUUGUACAAAAGUCAGCUCUAGAUCCUGCUCUUGAGCUUGAGGCAGUCCCUGUUGCGGAUCAAGAGCCUAAGCCACAUGAGGAACCAACUCCAGAGCUUGAGACAGCAGUCCCAGCUUCCACUGAUUCUGAGCCUGAUGCAGCAUUAGCUUCCUCAGGACACCCUUCCAGUCUUCCAUGUGCAACCUCACAGAACUGGAUGAACAAGGAGAAGCUUGAUUUCUUGGCUUUUCCUCCUGAUCUGGUGGCAGAGCAACUCACCAUGAUGGAUGCGGAGCUAUUCAAAAAGGUAGUGCCCUACCAGUGUCUGGGCUCUAUCUGGUCCAAGAGUGAUACAAAGGCCAAGGAGCACGUAGCCCCUUCCAUCUGGGCCAGCAUCACACAUUUCAACAAUGUAUCCUCCUGUGUAAUAACAAGCUGCCUUGGGGAUGACAGCACAAAAGCAUCAGAGAGAGCCCUUUUGGUUCAGCACUGGAUCGGGGUAGCCUGGGAUUGCCGAGUCCUGAGGAACUUCUCCUCCCUGUUUGCCAUCAUCUCUGCCCUGCAGAGUUCUUCCAUCCAUCGCCUGAAGAAGACAUGGGAAAAGGUUUCCAGAGACAGCAUCAGAAGAUUCCAGAAACUUUCAGAGAUAGUUUCUCCUGAAAAUAACCACUGCAGGUGCCGAGAGCUGCUAUUCAAGGAGACUUCCAAGUUUUCCACCAAGCUGAAGAAGGCCAAGAGAGGUCAGAGGCAGUCAAAGGAGAUGGUUAUGGUCAAGGGCACUAUUCCCUACCUGGGAACAUUCUUGAAGGACCUGGUCAUGAUUGACACUGCUUUUCAAGACUUCCUGGAUGAGGGAAUAAUUAACUUCCACAAGUUGAGGAAGGAAUACGAUGUGAUGGAGCAGGUGAGGCAGCUGCAGUCCACCUGCAGUUAUUAUAACAUCGUACGAGAGGCACACUUUGUUGCUUGGUUCCAGGGCCUAGAGCGGCUUAGUGAGAAGGCCAGUUAUGAACUUUCCUGUGCACUGGAGCCCCGGACCCAGACCAACAACAAGAGCAUUACUGCCAAGAAGCGCUUAGGAAUUGGCAAGGCCUGGAAGAACCACCAGACCCAGAGAACUGACUUCAGUAGCAGUGGCAGCUCCCAGCGCAUGCCAUUGGACCUGGCCAAGUGUGGCCCUGGCAACAGCAGUGGGGACAUGACAGAAGUGCCCUCAGACAACAACAUGAAGCCGCCUGUCUCAUCAAGUUCCAACAUGGACCUCAACAGGAGCCUCAUAGAUGAAUCCUCCAAAGUCCUGGAAAAGGUCAAGGAAUCAGCCUCCCCCUCAUCUCCAGGAACUUCAGAGACCUCCUUGUCUUCCACCACCACCUUCACACCCUCAGUCAUUACCAAAUCUGGGGCUAACAGAGGCAACAUCAAGAGUCCUGCAUCUGAGGUCAGAAGCAAGAGCUCCACCAUGCCUCUAUAUAACAAGCAGAUUGGAGACUCCUGUGUCAUUAGGGUGAGCCUACAAGAGGACACAGGAAAUGUAUACAAAAGUAUCCUGGUAACAAGCCAGGAGAAGACCCAGGAUAUCAUCCUUAAGGCCGUAAAGAAACAUUUCUUGCACGGUUACCAGCCAGAGCACUUGGAACUGGUCCAGAUCAUAUCAGAGGAUAAAAAGCUGAGAAUCCCUGGGGAUGCUAAUCUUUUCUAUGCGAUGAACAGCAUGGCAAAAUACAAUUUUAUGCUGCAGAAGUUGACCUACUCCAGAGGAACAGUCAAGCAUGGAGCCAGGUCCACCCUACCUGAAGAGAAAGGAUUGAAAAAUUGA